GCGACGAUUGAUUCAACUUCAGUUAAGCACUAAAAUUCUGCCAGACACAAUGACAAUUACAAUUUUUAACAAAAAUGUCCGAUUUGCCAAUAACCCAGAUGAUAUUUCAACCAGUGUGGAAGCAGGCACCAGAAUCCUUUUUGGCCAAUGCGCUCUUUCAACUGACUAGUUUCAUCUACUCGCCAUAUGCUUUGGCCGAGAUUAAGCUCAAGUCUGAAGUAGACGAACCGAAUGCCUUCGGGUUCGAAUUCUCUUGGCUUGUUAAGCUCUGCAUUGCUGCUGCUCUUUUGGGCCCCAUUCCCAUUUACAUAAUGUGGCUGAAACGCAAGGCCAAAUCAAAAACCUCCACAUACAUCGAACUUGAUGUUAUUCCCGAUCGUCCACCCGAGACGCUGGUUGAAAAUCCAGCUACAGAAGUGUCUUUAGCUGCUGUUGAUCAGCUCCAUGAAUUGCGCGGCCAAGGGGAAGAACAAGAAGCAAACUUGCCAUCCACAAGUGACAGGCAACAACAGCAGAAACCAGUUGCCAUUGCCAGAAAGAAGAUUUCAAUUGAGCGCGAAACACAAACUCAAUAUGGUUCGAAGCGUCGCAAGCUUAACUCGAUGCAGCGCCAACAGCGUACAGCUCAGACUCAAACUCAAUCUCCACCUCUAGCUCAGUUUCAAGCUCAAUCUCAAUCUCAGGUUCAGACUCCUGUUGUGACUCUAAGGAAACCCAAAAAUCAUUCUCAUCCAGUUUGACAUAGUUAGACGCAUUCUGUUCUACUAAAACUAUAAAGAUAAGUUUAACUGCUUUGUCUUUACUCAUAUCUUCUAAAUUUCUCUACAAAUUGUUUGCUUCAAAUUAAUACACAAAUAAAUGCAUUUAUUUGCUUUG